AUGGCAGCAGCCUACAUCAGAAAUCGUUGCUUCAAUGCGAGAUUGGGCAAAACUCCUUAUGAGGCAUUUACAGGGUCUAAACCAGAUUUGAGCAAUAUGCAUGUCUUUGGUUCCGUUUGUUACGCAUAUGUGCAAAAUGCAAAGAAAUUAGAUCCUAGAAGUAAACAGGGUAUAUUUGUGGGAUAUGAUAAAAGAAGUCCUGCAUAUCUUGUCUUUUAUCCUGAUUCCAAUAAGGUUGAACGUGUAAGGUGUGUGAAAUUUUUCAAUGACAGCAACUAUGAAUCGAAGGUUAAUCCUGACGAACAGAAAGGGGAAUUUCUGCACAGUAAAGUGUCUGCACCUACUGCCAAUGAGAGUGUAAUAUCAACACAAGGGGAUGAAAGUGUAAAUGGCACUGAAACUGUGCAUGAUGAAGUACGGUACCCUAGUCGAACUCGUACUAAGCCAACAUAUUUGAAUGAAUAUGUAACUGGUAAGGUUGUUGAUGAUGCAGCAACAUGUGCAGUUGAUUAUUGCUAUAGAACCCAUGACAUUCCAACUAGCUAUUCCCAAGCAGUACAUUCUCCUGAAAGAAAGAAAUGGGAAAAAGCCAUGGAUGAUGAAAUUGAGGCCUUGGAGGGCAAUGAAACUUUCGAGUUGGUCCCACCCCCAAAAGGUUGUGAG